AUGAACGUCUGCGUUUCGGUAAAUUGCACUGUCAAAGAGGGACUCAGAGCUGCAGUUCGAGACCGCACUUCUAUCAGCAUACUGGUUCCAGCAGUUGGUCUAUGCUUUCUGUUCUUCGUCGCAUUGAGAUUAUAUACACGCCUUAUGAUCACGAAGUUAGAGAUGGGCUUGGAUGACUGGGCAACUAUUUUUCCUCGCGGUAAGAUUGCACCCUCCUUCUCUGAGUGCUGUGCGGUUCCCGUCAAUUCCGGUUCUACUUUGCUUGGAAAAGCAGGCCUAGGAAAGGAUAUCUGGACCCUCGAGUUCAAAAACAUCACUCGAAUUCUCUACCUUUUUCAUAUCCAAGAAAUUCUCUACGCCACAUGUGUCGCCCUCAUCAAGAUCUGUUUCCUCCUCUUCUAUCUUCGCAUCUUCCCGAGUGAUCGAAUGCGCCGCGUUAUCAAAGCAUCCUGCAUCAUCUCCGUUUGCUACGCUUUAAGUUUCAUAUUUGCCUUCGCGUUUCAAUGCACGCCUAUUAGCUAUAACUGGACAAGCUGGGAUGGAGAGCACCACGGUUCUUGCGUCAAGACGAACGCCUUAGUGGUUACUGCCGCCGGAUUGAAUAUCGUACUUGACGCUUGGGUUAUUGCCCUCCCUAUACCCAAAGUGAUGAAGCUCCAGGCAUCAGUCAGUACCAAACUCCAAGUCACAUUCAUGUUCUCUGUGGGGUUCUUAAUCACAGGUGUCGGCAUAUACCGCGCUAUAAUGCUCAAGAUCUUCGCAACAAGCACGAACGCAACAUGGGACAUGGCUGCUGGCGGCUACUGGUCCGUGAUUGAAAUCGAUGUGGGCAUUUUGUGUCUCUGCCUACGCGCUUUGCGAUCCUUGCUCGGUCGCCUAUUCCCCUCUGUGUUCGGAUCAACAAAGGAGGCCAGCAGCAUGGGACUACCAAGCAGCCAAAAGAAAACUCGAACUGACAAUCGCGAUGCGAAUACCAGUUUUGUUCAGUUGAUUGAGAUGGAUCAUAAUGGGGGAUUGAAAAGUGACCAUGAUAUACAUUAG